AUGGAGAAAAACCCUUACCUCGACCCUGCUGCGCAAGCAUUUCUCGAGGAGUUUAGAUUCGGAUUGUCCUCUGUCCGAGACGUGAGCGCUGAACUCGAUCAUCGUGUCAAGGCGCUCAAGGCAAUCGGAGGGUUCUCUUCUGUCUACGCGACCGAUUGGGCCCCGCCAGGUGCCGAGACCAUUCGAGUGUGUUACAAAGAAUUGCGGCCACUUUCCAGCAGUAUGCCGGAGCAAAUUAACCAGACUAGAAAAUUAAUGAAACAUUUGACUCAUGAAGUCAAGAUAUGGAAGGAACUACGGCAUCCCAAUAUCCUUGAGUUCAUCGGAUAUGCCAUUGCGGCGAACGCUCGGACAUGA